UUCAUUCAUUUGAUAAGACUUUUAGAAGUUGAAAAAGUGGUGGAAAUGAGUGAAUUUAAGCUGAAGAUCGGGAUCAUUGGGGGCACCGGUUUGGACAGGGAUUCCUCAAUCAUCAAAGACUUGAGACUGGUUUCGGUGGACACGACUCCAUACGGCAGUCCCAGCGAUGACCAAGUGAUCUGUGGGACCAUCGAAGGCGUGGAUGUGAUGAUAAUGGGUCGCCACGGAAGCAAACACGACAUAAACCCUUCAGACGUGAACUAUAGGGCAAACCUGUGGACACUGAGACAGUUGGGCGCCACUCAUGUCUUAGUGACCACUGCCUGC